AAAUAAAGGAUAAUAUCUAAUUUUAUAGACAAUCAUAAACUGCAAAAUAUAAAAUAAUAAUGAUAAUAAUAAUCGUGUAAAUAAAUAAUUUUAUAUUGGUGUACGUAAUAGGUUGCCUUGGGUACCCCAGGCAACGGUGUUUUAACAUUUAACGUAAACAAACUGAUUUAUUAACUCAUCCAUUGUCUUGACACAUAUAGACACCUCCAAAAAAGGAUUAGCUCUUGCUAUUUGGUAUCGAUAGCAGUUACUAUUUUAUCUAUUCAUACAUAUAUAUUAUUGCGAGAGUUUAAUAAAGGUAAGAAUAUAAAAAAUGACGUCUUUGGACAUACGCCAGCAAAAAUUAGAGCAACAAAGGCAGAUUAUUGCGCAAAAAAUGAGACAGAAAAGGCAAACUGGAGCCGCUGGUAUGGUCCAGGCUUCGGCUAUACCUGGUGCUACUUUUAUUAGUCCUACUGGGAAGUGGGUUGCUCCUGUUAAUGAUAUUCGUGUUUUUGAUGGAUCAAUGCAAUACACAAUGUCACCAACAAAAAGCAAUAAAAAUCUCAGUGACAUUAAAACUCCGACUGUCGAAUUGCAACACACGGACAAUGUGUUUGACGAAGCUUUAGAGACUAGAGACUGCGUUGACGAAGAAUCUUCACCGCUGGACACUCGAUUAGGUGGCGAGCCGAUUUCCCUGAGGUCUACGCUUCCAGUAGCUCCUUCGGAUCCGGAUGCUGUUAUCGUUAACCGUGAAAAUAACUCAAAUAGCCCGGAGUUGGAAGGAAAUGUUGAAGGUAAUAUUGAGCAAUUUGUACUACAGCCGGCAAAUAAAAAAAUGCAUUACAAAUGUCGGAUUACAAGAGAUCGUAAAGGUAUGGAUCGUGGAUUUUAUCCCACGUAUUUUUUACAUCUCGAACGUGAUUAUGGUAAAAAGGUAUUUUUAUUGGCUGCGAGAAAACGUAAAAAAAGUAAAACGAGUAAUUACUUAAUAUCUACGGACCCAACGGAUUUAUCCCGUGACGCAGAGUCAUUCGUUGGUAAGCUGCGGUCGAAUUUGAUUGGCACACAAUUCACAGUCUACGACAAUGGAUACUCACUAAUGAAGGAUGAUAAAAAGCACAAUGAAAGAGCUAAUCCGCGGCAAGAAUUGGCGGCUGUUGUCUAUGAUACCAAUGUACUAGGUUUCAAAGGUCCUAGAAAAAUGACUGUCAUCAUUCCCGGAAUGACACCUGAUCAAAAACGAAUAUCUAUUUGUCCUCGUGAUGAUUCUGAAACACUUUUAGAAAGUUGGAAAAUGAAAAAUAUGGAUAAUUUAAUUGAGUUACAUAAUAAAACUCCAGUAUGGAAUGAUGACACGCAAUCAUAUGUUCUUAAUUUCCACGGAAGAGUUACACAGGCAUCUGUUAAAAAUUUUCAAGUUGUACACGAUACUGACACGGAUUACGUUGUAAUGCAGUUUGGACGUGUCGCUGAAGAUGUAUUUACAAUGGAUUAUCGUUUUCCAUUAUGUGCAUUGCAGGCUUUUGCUAUCGCACUGAGUAGUUUUGAUGGUAAACUUGCAUGUGAAUGAGUUUUGAUAAAUUGAUAAAUUAUAUACUUAUUAACUUAUUAAUAAAAAAAAAAAUCUACAAAUCAUAAAUAUCAAUAAAUAAAAUC